AUGCCCCAACUCUCCGGGGCCGGCGGCGGCGGGGGGGACCCGGAACUCUGCGCCACGGAUGAGAUGAUCCCCUUCAAGGACGAGGGCGACCCCCAGAAGGAGAAGAUCUUCGCCGAGAUCAGUCACCCCGAGGAGGAAGGCGACUUAGCCGACAUCAAGUCCUCCUUGGUCAACGAGUCCGAAAUCAUCCCGGCCGGCAACGGGCACGAGGUGGCCAGACAAGCACAAACCUCGCAGGAACCCUACCAUGACAAGGCCAGAGAACACCCAGAUGACGGAAAGCAUCCAGACGGAGGCCUCUACAACAAGGGACCCUCCUACUCGAGUUAUUCCGGGUACAUAAUGAUGCCAAAUAUGAAUAAUGACCCAUACAUGUCCAAUGGAUCUCUCUCUCCACCCAUUCCGAGAACAUCGAAUAAAGUGCCCGUGGUGCAGCCAUCCCAUGCAGUUCAUCCUCUCACCCCCCUCAUCACUUACAGCGACGAGCACUUUUCUCCAGGAUCACACCCGUCACACAUCCCGUCAGAUGUCAACUCCAAACAAGGCAUGUCCAGACACCCUCCUGCUCCUGAGAUCCCUACCUUUUACCCGCUGUCUCCGGGUGGAGUUGGACAGAUUACCCCACCGCUCGGCUGGCAAGGUCAGCCUGUAUAUCCCAUCACGGGAGGAUUCAGGCAACCCUACCCAUCCUCACUGUCAGUCGACACUUCCAUGUCCAGGUUUUCCCAUCACAUGAUUCCUGGUCCUCCGGGUCCCCACACAACUGGCAUCCCUCACCCAGCCAUUGUCACACCUCAGGUCAAGCAGGAGCACCCCCACACUGACGGGGACCUGAUGCACGUGAAGCCUCAGCACGAACAGAGAAAGGAGCAGGAGCCCAAGAGACCUCACAUUAAGAAGCCUCUGAACGCUUUUAUGUUAUACAUGAAAGAAAUGAGAGCAAACGUGGUGGCCGAGUGUACUCUGAAAGAAAGUGCAGCUAUCAACCAGAUCCUAGGCAGAAGGUGGCACGCCCUCUCCCGCGAAGAGCAGGCUAAGUAUUAUGAACUAGCGCGGAAGGAAAGGCAGCUUCACAUGCAGCUCUAUCCAGGCUGGUCUGCGAGAGACAAUUAUGGUAAGAAAAAGAAGAGGAAGAGAGAGAAACUACAGGAAUCCACAUCAGGUGGAAAACGAAGCUCAUUCCCCACGUGCAAAGCCAAGGCGGCGGCCCCGGGACCCCUCCUGGAGAUGGAAGCUUGUUGA